GCCAGGCUUUCCCUUCGCCCGCGCUUCCUCCUGCCGCAGCGUGGGUGCCGGCUGGGCGGGCGGGAUGGCGGCCGCGGCCCAGGGGAGCGGCUGGGCAUCGACGCCGCGGCUGCUCGUGCUCCUCCUGCUUCCGCUGCUCUGGGUCCCGGCCGGGGUCCGGGCGGGUCCUGAGGAAGACCUGAGCCACCGGAACCCGGAGCCGCAGGCGCCAGCCCAGCAGCUGCAACCUCAGCCGGCGGCAGUGCAGGGCCCCGAGCCGGCCCGGGCGGAGAAAGGAUUUACACCAGCAGCCCCAGUUCAUACGAGCAAGGAAGAUGCAGCCACACAAACGAAUCUGGGGUUUAUCCAUGCAUUUGUUGCUGCCAUAUCAGUCAUCAUUGUCUCUGAACUGGGUGACAAGACAUUUUUCAUAGCGGCCAUCAUGGCGAUGCGUUAUAACCGCCUGACCGUGCUGGCUGGUGCCAUGCUGGCCUUGGCCCUGAUGACGUGCUUGUCGGUUUUGUUUGGCUAUGCCACAACAGUCAUCCCCAGGGUGUAUACAUACUAUGUUUCAACUGCACUGUUUGCCAUUUUUGGCAUUAGAAUGCUUCGGGAAGGCUUAAAGAUGAGCCCAGAUGAAGGUCAAGAGGAACUUGAAGAAGUUCAAGCAGAAUUAAAGAAGAAAGAUGAAGAAUUUCAGAGAACCAAACUCUUAAAUGGACCAGAUGUUGAAACGGGUACAAGCACAACAAUACCUCAGAAAAAGUGGUUGCAUUUUAUUUCACCCAUUUUUGUUCAAGCUCUUACAUUAACGUUCUUAGCAGAAUGGGGAGAUCGCUCUCAACUCACGACAAUUGUUUUGGCAGCUAGAGAGGAUCCCUGUGGUGUAGCAGUGGGUGGAACUGUGGGACACUGCUUAUGCACUGGAUUGGCGGUAAUUGGAGGAAGAAUGAUAGCACAAAAAAUCUCUGUCAGAACUGUGACAAUCAUAGGAGGCAUCGUUUUUCUGGCAUUCGCAUUUUCUGCACUAUUUAUAAGUCCAGAUUCUGGUUUUUAAGAAGCUAUUUGUUCAUCCGUAUUUAGCUUAAGAUAUGUAACUUGUUUUUCUGUAUAUAGUGUACAACUAAAAGUAGGAAAUACUGUAUUUUGUAGCAUUAAUUUGUAAGCCUGACCUACUUAAUGAAAGUAUUAGGUCCCAAAGAGAUAAUCAUUGGAUCUAUUUGUGAAAAUUUGAAAAGAAACCUGACUUCUAGGUGUGGAUUUUUCUCCAGCAUAAUUGAACACUUGAAGUCCCCACUUCUGUUUUGAUAAAUGUGGAACCCUUGUGCAGUCGGAUCUACCGCUUGAUUUGUCUUUCAGCAUGGCCCUUUAUAAAGAAUACACAUUUUUUCCUUGGUAACGGAGGUAUUUUAAAUGUUUACCUUAAAUAUUUCCUUGGAGGAAAGAUGAAAUAAUUUCUACUUUUAAAAACAUACUCCUGAGCCAGUAAUCAGUAGUUUAUCUUGUCUUUUUGGAAUUAGGAUUUAAAAAGAGAAAAAGGUAUUACUGUUAUAUCAGUAACAUGCAGUAUGAAUUGUUGGCUAGGUCCAUUCUUUCUCUUUAAAAAAAAAAAAAAAUUGGGUAGAAGACCCAAUAUGCAAACAGUCAAUAUUUGACAACAUGGACUUACCAAAUUACAAGAGAAUACUAUGGAUGUAUUCAUAUUUUUCUAUAUUGAAUAAACAAUGUAACAUAUACAAUGUAAAUAAAAGAGGUAUGACCAGUA